AUGCCUGCUAAUUCCUCUCCUUAUGCUGCUUUUGCCUUCGAUGUGCUAAUCUCCUCCUUGAACAAGCAAAAGACUCCUACACAUAAUUUGAGGUUUUAUAAAGAUUUGUUUAUUAGAAAGUUCAGUUAUAGCGAUGAUAUAAACCACGAUUCUUAUCCAUUGUUUGUGACUUGGAACAUCAUAGAGGGCAAUCUCAGCAAUUAUCAAGAUGACGAACAUGAGUUAAGAGGCUGCAUUGGAUGUUUUAGCAAUUUGCCCUUGGAAAAAGGGUUGAUUGAGUACUCCAAAAUCUCAGCAUUUGAAGACCCAAGGUUUGAACCCAUCGAAAAAAGGGAAUUGAAUAGAUUACUGGUGUCUAUAACUUUAUUAAAAGAUUUUGAAGUUGGACUGAAUCCUUUGGAUUGGAAAUUGGGCGAAAAUGGAAUAAAAAUUUCAUUUGUUGAUAGAGGGAGCAAAAAAAGUGCAACAUUUUUGCCGGAUGUGCCAGUUGAACAAGAUUGGGAUAAAGAGACAACAUUGAAUUAUUUGGUUCAGAAAGCUGGUGUUUCCAAAUAUAAGGUUAAUUAUAAGAAGUUUGAUAUUAAAUUGACAAAGUAUAAAGGUGAUAAAUCUUCAAUGAGUUAUAAAGAUUAUCUCAACUUGUUUGUUUAA